AUGUUAUCGUACCCACAAAUCACUCUUAUCAUAAUCAUUCACAUAUUCAUUGUCCAAAAAUUCAAAUUUAUUUCAAUGGAUGAGAUUUUGGAAAAAAAUGGCUGCCAAGUUCAGGUAAUUUUUCAAGCAUAAUUUUUUUUGUAAAAAAGUCUGAAUUAUCCCAGGAAGUCAAAUGCGAUCAAGAAAAACGUGCUGGAAAUUUGGUAUUUUGCGAGAUUGAUUGUUUGGAAACUGAGAAAAUGAAAGAGAAGGGAAUAUUUCCCGUUGAUCUGGUUUCUGGAGAAUGGAGCAUUUUGUCUUUGAUUCCAAUCUACUUGUUGGUUAAACAGACCAUAGUUAUGCUGAAUUUGAUUGAAAGGGUUUGGAGAGCGAAUCAGCGUAGAAAUCGAGUUCGGGGUUGA